CUUGUCAAGACCACAAUCUUGAGAAUUGUGGCCUUUUGAUAAAAAAGAAAAAGAUUAUUCCUCAGACAGUUGAGAUGGCAGUGGAUCUUUUUCUUACGACAGUUUCGUGUGCAUAUGGAGUAAUUCUAUGUUGCCUCCUAUUUUUUGAAGGAGGACAUGGAGUUGAUGGAGCAGCUUAUAAUUACAAUGCCAGUAUUGAAUGCUUGGCUGAGCCUCAACGAGUUCAAUAUAAAGGAGGAAAGCUGAGAAACCCUAAAUUUGAGCUAGGGUUGGAGGGAUGGACAUCUUAUGCAGGUGCCAGCCUUGAAGUAAGACGGACUUUUUCGGGGAACAACUUCAUGGUGGCCUAUAAUAGGAGCCAGAAUAAUAAAACUUUCUCCCAACAAGUUUAUAUGGACAAAGGGAAAUAUUAUACAUUUUCAGCUUGGGUGCGAGUUAGUGAAGGAAGUGAGACAACGGUGUCUGCUGUAAUAACAACUCCUGGAAACUCAAUGAGGGUUAUUGCCUCUGGAAAUGCCUAUCCUGGUUGUUGGACCAUGCUUAAAGGAGGCUUUCAACCAGAAUUUCCUCUUCUAACUGAUCUCCAUUUCCUAUGUUACAAUAAGACCGUUGAAUUUUGGGUGGAUAAUGUUUCCCUGAAGGAGUUCAACCAAACCGAAUGGCUUGUACACCAACAGAGAGCCAUAAGGCGGGUAAGAAAGAGGAAAAUUUUGCUGCAAAUAACGGACAAAUUAGCAAGACCAAUCCGGGGAGUGAAAGUAAACAUCAAGUUCAGAAAACCCCUUUUCCAUGUUGGUUGUGGUGUUACAGAUACCUUCCUCCGAUACAAGAAAUAUCAAGAAUGGUUUCUUCAAAAGGGUUUUACAGCAAGUGUAUUCACCAAUCAAAUGAAGUGGUACUGGACUGAAAGUCGUCAAGGGAUAGAAAACUACACAGUACCAGAUGCCAUGUUCCAAUUCUUCAAGGAUCAUGGGAUAGCAAUUAGAGGCCACACUGUUCUAUGGGACAAACCUAAAAUGAAUCAGGAUUGGCUGCACCGCAUGACACCCAAAGAGCUUUUAGCUACAGCCGUGAGGCGUCUGGCCGCUGUCAUGGCUCGAUACUUGAAUGAUAUUUUCGAGUGGGACGUCGUGAAUGAGAACUUGCACUUCCAUUUUUUCGAAGAUAAGAUUGGACCACAGGCUUCUGGGAUGUUCUAUCAUAUAGCCCAUGUGAUAGAUCCUAAUGCAACUUUAUAUCUGAAUGAUUUUAACACCCUUGAAAUUCCAGGAGAUAUAUAUGCAGGCCCACACAAGUAUAUAAAAAGGUUUAGAGAGAUCAGGUCAUAUCCAGGCAACGAGAACUUGACCAUAGGAUUUGGACUACAAGCUCAUUUUCCUUCAGGAAAACCAAAUAUGCCUUAUAUACGAGCUGUCUUUGAUUUUCUCAGUGAAACCAAAAUGCCCAUUUGGCUAACUGAAAUGGAUGUCCAGAACACCACAAAUCAGGCAGUUUACUUGGAAGAAAUAAUGAGAGAGGCAUUUGCACAUCCAGGAGUGGAAGGAAUGAUAGUGUGGGCACCAUGGAAGCCAGGAGCAAAUUGCACUGGCUUAUGCUUGACCGAUGACAAUUUCAAGAACACGAGAGCAGGAGAUGUUGUCGACAAGCUCAUGGCAGAAUGGAGAACGCCCGAGCUAAAUGGGAAAACUAAUUCCAAAGGACUUUAUAAAUAUUAUGGUUUUCUUGGAGACUACACUGUCACACUUUAUGAUCCUUAUUCUCUCAAGCAAAUCAUCAGGGAAAUUAAAAUUACAAAUAAGGAUCCAAACCCAGUACUAAUCCCUAUUUCUAUAUGA